AUGAAUAAUGAGUUCGGCGACGACGCGGACAAUUAUGUCGUUGUCCCCUUUCCUGAGACCACUGCCAGGAGUAAAAGCGAGUUACUGCGUGUGAUCCAAGAGCUCAAAGCAUGGCUGUCUCCGACCGAUACAACCUCGCCAGCCAGUGAGUAUCGCAAGCACCUUAACUCUCAUGUGGCCGGCACCGGAGAAUGGAUCCUCGACACAAACCAGUACCGUCGAUGGAGCGACACCAAUGAGAUCGGCGAUCUCUGGAUCCGAGGAAUUCCAGGAAGUGGAAAGUCAGUUGUUGCAGCCAGUAUGGUGAGAAGGCUACAGCAACGGGGAGAUACGCCGGUACUGUUUUUCUUCUUCCGAGAGAUUAUCGAGGCGAAUCGAACUCCACAUUCGCUCCUGAGAGAUUUCUGCCAUACUCUCUUGGACCACUCUCCAGUGCUACAAUCGGCGCUGGAGAAGUUGAACGGCCAGAAUAAAUAUAUAGCGAGUGUUCCGUUCAGCGAGCUGUGGAAGUGCCUUGUGUCUGCUUUGGCUGCAAUGCCCAAAGUAUACUGCGUGAUUGACGCCCUGGAUGAGAUGGAGCCGGGCCACGAUCAAUUCCUGCAAGACGUUCUCAACCUGGGACGGAAGUCACCUCAAUCGAUCAAGUUGAUCCUGACUAGUCGUCAGUUGCCUCACUUGGAGAAGCAUCUCGGAGGGUCUUGUCUCGUCGACCUACGCUUAGAUCGCCGAAACGUGGAUAAAGACAUCGCGAUCUACAUUACCCAGAGACUCGAAUCCGAGGCUACCCUGACCGAAGGCGAGGCUGCUGAAAUCAAAGAGGUAAUAUGCGACCGGGGGAAGGGGCUAUUUUUAUACGCUCGGCUAGUCAUUGAUCAGCUACUCCUCCACCCGACUACAAUUGUUUCGCAACUGAGCCAACUACCGGAUGGUUUAGGAAGCAUGUAUACGACUAUCCUGCGUGACCACGCCGCUCGUUCUCAGACAACCCGAGAAUUCCAGCGGUUGGUCUUGGAGUUCGUGGUAUACGCAGUGAGACCGCUGCGUCUGCUGGAGAUAGCAACAAUGGUCGACUCACUACCCGAUCGCGGCGGCCUUACCGAAGGCCAAGAUGCCAAACAUGCUAUUCGUAGCACCUGCGGCCCACUCCUGGAGGUCUGCGAAGAUGGAGUGAUCCAGAUAAUUCACCACUCAAUGACCGAGUUCCUCCUGAACAGAGACGUCAGCCACAUUCAGGAUGGGCAAGAUAUGAGAGAAUUCCCCGUCCUUGACCCUGAGACUGCUCAUGCAAACAUAACACGCGCUUGCAUAAAAUACAUCACACGCUGCUGCAUCGAAUGUCCGGAGCAGUAUAUUGAAGAUCCCACUAACAAUCUGAAGGCUCUGUGGCAACGAUUCCCCACGCUACGAUACGCAUCGAAAGAAUGGCCGUUCCAUGCUUUCAUGGUGGACGAAGUCGAAGAGCUAAUAUAUCUUCUGGAUGAGUUUUUUAAUAACCAUGAAUGCUUCACGUGGUGGAUAGGCGUGUUGAAUAGUCGAGAUAUACCCACACACAGCGACCUGACACCUCUCCAUAUGGCUGCACACAGUGGGCUUAGUGAAUUUUCUGAGCACCUACUUAUCAAUGGAGCCGAUAUAGAGUGUCGCGAUGGCUACGGUCGUACGCCCAUCACCUAUGCUGCUAUGACGGGACACGCUGCAACUGUGCAAACUCUUCUCAACUACAAGGCUCGGUAUGACUGGGUCGACGAUGAUAUGAUGAAUGCAUUUCAUUACGCCGCCAAGCUCAAUGAGUCAGAAGUUGUGCGUCUUCUAUUGGCCGCAGGAGCAGAUCCUCUGGCUGCGGUACAAGAGAAAAAAGAAGACGAGUCAGGAUGUUACAGAGGAAGAUGGGGAAACUUUGAGAAAGGAGAGACAGCUCUCUCGUAUGCAUGCCGAGGCGGGCAUGUCGAGACCAUGGUAGAGCUGCAAGCAUAUAUUGAUCCCUCGACACAGGGUCGGGAAGCUCUACAUAUGGCUGCAUCAAGCGGCCAAGCGCAGAUCGUUACGCUUCUUCUUGAAGACGAAAAAGUUCGCCGCGGAAUUGACGACCUUCAUCACGGAGACACAGCCUUGUAUCUCGCCGCAAAGUCUCAGAGUAGCGCAACAGUUGAGGUUUUGCUAAAAAAUGGAGCAGACAUCGGCAUUCGAUCCCUCGACAGACCAAAGAAAAGUCACGACUCAAAGGCAUAUCAAGGAGAAGAAAAAGACAACAUGGGCUUUACACCUGUCCACGGUUGGGCUGGACUUUCUGAGAUUAAAAGACCGAGAUUGACCGGCGCCCAUAAAAAGAAUCGAGAGGUGCUUCAACUUCUCAUAAAUGCAGGGUGUGAUAUCAAUGCAACCGACUAUCAAGGACAGACGGCACUUUUUGCUUGGGGAGCUUUUUCGAAUCAUUCCUGCAAAAAAUUUGCUGUCGAGUUCAUUUCCUGGCUUCUUGAGAAUGGAGCUGACGCCUCCAUAGUAGACAUCAAUGGAGAAACUCUGCUUCAUCAGCUUAGCGAUUACCCAGGGGAGGAGGAUAUCGUCAGAAUACUUGCGAAUGCUGGCGCUGAUAUCAAUGCCGCUAGAAGAACAGAUGGGAUGACACCGCUCCAUGUCGCUGGGAAGGAGGGAAGCUUGAUAGAUCCACGUGUAUUUGCGGAACUGAAUGGCGACUUUCACACACAGGACUCGGGGGGAAAUACACCACUGCAUUGCAUCCUGGCAUCGUCGUCACUGCAGAAGGCCGACCAAUGGAUUUUUCUCGGACAUUCGGACAUCCGAAAUCACGCCGGGAGAACGCCGCUGGCCGAGUUCGUGUGGCACACUACCGCUGAUGAGCACGAGUCGGAAUCUAUUCUAAGGAUGUUGAUAAAACAUGGAGCAAACUUAGAAUCGCGAGACUUCGUCGGUCGCACAGCGCUCCUCACAUCGCUAUCAGCCGAGACUAGAUAUGAUAAUCGUUGCAUAGGUGGGCUAUUGCGUCUGGGCGCGGAUGUGAAGGCAGUAGACUUUCAGGGAAAGUCAGCGCUGCAUUACGCAUCAACCGUCGAAUCAGUUGAACAUGCAAAGUCCCUGGUAAAUAUGCUUAUUGAUGCUGGCGCCAAUAUCAACAGUGUCGAUCAUGACGGUAAUUCGAUCUUCCACGAAACAAUCGCACAUCGGUGGAGCUCGGCGAGCUAUUUCACGCAGACCCUCGUUCAACUAAAUGCCCCUAUUCAUGUGCGCAAUUAUCGGGGAGGAACAGCACUGCACCUUGCUGCCGCAAUCCCGAACGACAGGAGCAGAGGAAUGGUAACACGACUCGAAUUUCUGCUGGACUCCAAGUUGGGAUUUCAUAUCAAUGCCCAGGAUCAUGAGCUUGUCACUCCCUUACAUAUUGCAGCCACGGCCUCCGACUUUAAUGUUUUAUUAUUAAUGAAACAUGGUGCAUAUAUUGGAGCAAAGACCAUCCAUGGACGAACCGCUCUUCAUUUCGCUGCGGAGGCAGGGCAGACGAAUGCCGUAGGUCUCUUACUCCAGGCUUACAAGAGACUGUCAUUGCCGCUGGAUGAUGUUAGCGUCGAGGGUCGCACAGCGCUCCAUGAUGCUGCCAGAUCUGGAAGAUACGAGUCAGUAAAGCUCUUACUCGAUGCAGGUUUGCGGCCGAACAUAUGCGAUAGACAAGGCAAGACACCAUUGCAUGCUGUUGCAGAGUUUGACCAAGUCCCACAAUAUAACCGCAGGCGAAACGCAUGUCAGGCAAGGCUGGAAAACACCGAAGAUAGCUCGCAAGGUUCGAUUGAGAAAUUAGAGACUUUAGGGCUUGUGAUUAGUGACGAGGAAGAUUCUCCAUCAGUUCGAGAGGUCGUGCAUCUUCUACUCGCAGCUGGAGCCGACCCGAUAGAACGGGACAACGACAACAAUACACCAUUGGACAUUGCAUUAAUCCUUGGUCUAUCCGAAGUUGUGGACGAGUUAGCACCAACCACGUCCCGGGUCUACGCCUCGACCGAAAGUUUAAGAUCGUUGCCUUUGGACCCUCUUGGAGAAGCAUUAUGCACGACUACCUGUGAAGACUUCGCAAGAUUAAUCGACAGGAUGCCAGCGUCCUCGGGAAAUGACACAGUUUUGAAACGCGUGGUUUCCACUGGUAAUGUGAAGCUAUUAGAAGAACUUCUACGCUCACCGAAGAUCACCCUUACGGAAAGCAACAAAAUAUCCGCUCUGCAGCUUUGUGCCCGAUGGGGCCUUUUAUCAAUGGCAAAAACCCUCCUUACAUGUAUUGAGAAUCUGUCCGAUGUCCUACCGUCACUUGUUAAUUCUGCUACUAAGCGGACUCUUUGCAACAUUGAAAUGAUCCGCCUCUUGACACAAGUUGUUGUGCGCGUACCCCACGAUGGGAAUCAUGUCCAAGAUACGGAGAGCAAGAAACGACUCAACUCCUCUGAUGCCUUGCAUAGACUAGCCUCGGGUAAGUAUUGGUGGUAUGCUAGGGCGCUCACCAUAUUACUCGAGGCAGGAGCAGACACCGAGCUCUUGCGGAAAGGCAGAACCCCGUUGCAGGCUGCAUUGGCUGCCGGUGAGCCAGAUGCCAGCGAGCUCGGCCUCUGGUGCGAUGAAACAUUUGACAUCCUACUCAGGUUCGGGGCAGAUGUGAAUGCUAGCUCAGCUGACAAUGAACGUUCACCUCUUCAGGACGCGUUGGAGAACAAAAGAGACUUGUCAAUCGUUCAAAUACUGCUGGGCCACGGUGCAGAACUAAAUAACAAGCCUAUAGUUGCCUCCGCAAUACGGGCAGGGAACCAUGCGGCGUUGGAAAUGAUCCUCAAGGCAGGCGCUGAUCCAAAUGUGGUCUAUAAGAUGCAAAUGCAAUCUAAGCGGAUGAGGGACAAACACGAGACACCACUCAAGGAGGCCUCUGCAAAAAAUGAAAUGCUAAUGAAUAUUCUACUUGCACAUGGUGCUAAUCCUCACCAACCCCUCUAUGAUGGGACAUCUUCAGUCCUGCAUGAGAUAUGUUCGCUCAAUGCACGAGUGAAUCCCAUUAUUGCUGCUGGCUUCGACCUUGAAACAAGAGAUGCACAGGGCCAAACACCUCUCAUCCGAGCAUGCAACUUGCGCGGGUACCACAACUUCGAAUUAGCCAGAGACAUAUAUAUGGCAGAGGUCUCUGCUGCGAUAGAGCUAAUUCGCGGUGGUGUUGACCUCAACUCCGUUGAUAAUUCAGGUUCCACAGCUCUGCAUUAUGCUAUCUGUUCCGGGUUGACAAAUGUAGUUGAAGAGCUUCUCCAGCACGGUGCACGCUCAGCAGUGCGCAAUAAGCAUGGUCUAACGCCGCUACAUUGUGCAUUAAUCGGGGAGAUCGAUAGUUCCGAAUCCGAUUCCGAUGAGUCCAGGUUCAGAAUACCACCCUUGAAGAUCGUUCGAUCGCUACUGGCGGCCGGCGCGGACCCUCUUGAUCCUCUCCUCAACGGUGUCACAGUCCUUCAUUGCAUAAUUCCAGCACUGAUGGAAUUGUCCGAUGAGGGAAGACAAGAGCGUAGUUCUCUGGGCAAGGAAAAUGACCGUGACCGUUAUUUCUGUAAUUAUGCAGCGCUCUAUCAAACACUCAUCGACGCCGGUUGUGGCCGCGAAGCUCGCGACAACAAAGGCAAUACUCCCAUCUUCGCCUAUGUCAGCAAAGUACGAUAUUAUAGUUCCGACAUAGAGCCGCGCGUUUCGCCUGAUAUGGAUGACAUGCGACGCGUGUUCGCAGAGCAUGAUAUAUUUGCGGUAAAUGAUAGCGGGGAUACCUUGCUGCAUGCAGUUGCUAGUCGAGGGGAGGAUGUGGAGGGCUUGCAAGAUCAGGAUGUGAUGAUCUUCGAGUUGCUCCUUGAGCUAGGAUUGGACCCGACAGCGGAGAAUAAAGAGGGAGCUACUGCUUUGGAUGUGGCUGAUGCCUUUGACAGGGAUGAGAUCUUGGCUUUGUUUGCUCGGGACGAGUGA